GACAUUGAUCGCGUGAAUCCGGGUAAAUAAAUAAAAGAAGGUCUGUCUUGUGAGCAUUGGGGUUGACAUCAGUAAUGCGUGUACAAGAUUGCCAGCACGAAGGUCUAAAAGUUUACAAGAACCACCAGAGCAGAGCAGCAGCAGGAGGAACGUCACUGGAACGUCAACCCCCAGCCAGCAAGCGACCCACCAGUCAGCAGUCUACUUUGCAUUGCGUUAGAGGAAACAAGUCCUCGUUCGUCCGCGGUCGUGCUCCCAAAAUCUACAAUUCAAGAUAGAGACGAUCCAUCGAUCAGUCGUUUAGUAACCUUGCGCGUUCUGGCUUGAUCGCUUGGGCACGCGAGAUUUUAUUAAAAAAUACCGACAAACAUCUCAUAAUUUUUUUUUUUUUUUGAGAUAUUUGUAUAUUUUGUGCUGUAUGGCUUAGAAUUUAAAAAAUAUUUAGAUAAAUGGGAGUCACAAUUGGACUCCACGGCGUGAAAUGAACGAUAAGUACCUCGAUGGACCUUUUGUUUUUAGAAUCAACGACAAUGGCAGUGGACCUAAUCUACUUGUACAGGUAUGUGUAGAACGCGGAUGGAGGGAGUAUACCGGGGACAACAGCACCCUGAAAGACCGGUGGAAUCUGUGGUGGAAAUCAGGGGGGUUCAGUACAACGUACUACAAAAAUUUAUUGCCGGGACAAUUCAUAAACCGAAUACCCAAGGGCAGCUCGAUAUGUAAAAAAGACAAUCUUGUACGGCAUUUAAAAUGCAUGAGACAGAUAUAUGGUAAUAUUUAUGACAUCAGUCCGGUAGGAUACAAUCUUCCAUCAGAGUACACGAAACUUGCGGCAGACUGCAGUCGCUCUGAGAAGGACGAACGGGUGUGGAUAUGCAAGCCUGUUGGACAGAGUCAAGGACGUGGUAUUUUCCUAUUUCGGAGGCUGAGUGAUUUGACGUAUGACAGUACUGCGGUUGUUCAAAGAUAUAUAGAGAGACCUCUUCUUAUUGGCGGCUACAAAUUUGACUUGAGAUUGUACGUUUGUGUCCCAUCGUUCAAACCUCUUGUGAUUUAUAUUUACAAUGAAGGUCUAGCUCGUUUUGCAACUGAAAAAUUUUCGCUUGAUAAUCUCAGCGACCCCUUUCGACAUCUUACCAAUUUCGCCCUCAAUAAACUGGGACCGGGAUACUCACAAAAGAAAGAGAGAGUCGGUGCAGGCUCGAAAUGGAGUUUCCGGCAGUUAAGGAGAUACAUGAAUCAAUCGGGCUUGCACGACUGGUUCCUUUGGCAGCGAAUCGCCUGUCUUAUAACACUUACAAUUAUUAGUCAAACUGCUGGCAUUCCCGAGACUUCCAACUGUUUUGAAUUUUUUGGUUUUGACGUUUUGAUUGACGCGGAUCUCAAGCCCUGGCUUUUAGAGGUAAAUAUAAGUCCAGCACUUGGAAAUGAUUGCGAAGUGGACUUUGAAGUUAAAAAACCGCUUCUCCAUGAUCUAUUUGAUUUGUUGGGACUGCCGGUAUGUAACACCGGUCUUUCACUUUUCAAAAUUUGGUCAACAACGCCUAAUAAUAAGAGUAUCGAUAAUGAUUAUUGUGCUUCCAAGUAUUAUAAGCCACGAUGUUCAGCAAAGCAAUCAUGUAAAUUAAAUUCAAACAAUGCCGUUACCUUUGUAAACAUUUGUUCAAAUAACCGAGAUGUGUUCCGAAAUUCAGCGAGCGCGGAUGAAAAUUAUGGUAACUCGCGCUACAAUUUUUUGUGCCUUGAAAAAAAUAUUCGUCAACGAUUAAAUUCAGCUCAAAAAUUAAAUAACAAUAAUUCUGGUACACUGGUCUGGGACAAUGGACGAGAUUGGAGCAAUCCCAAGAUCCGAGAAGGCGGAUGGAUUCGUACAUAUCCUUUUACAAACUGUAAAUUACUGGAGAAUGUUGAAUUUCAACAUCCAGUCAGUACAAAAGAAACCAAGACUACCGAACGAGAAAUUAAAAAUAAUGUUUUAUCUAUUCAAAGAUUUAUUAAAGUUGCUAAAGAUGUUCAUCGAGACUUUGGUAAGUAUGGAGACGAAAGAUGCAAUCAGCUUUUACGUCAAGAAUUGGAGUUGAGCUCGGAAAUUUGGCUUCCCAAUAAAUAAUUACAAGAUUUAUCAUACUGCCAUUUACUAUCCUCUUUUUUUGUAUUAUCUAAAUAUAUUCGUUGUU